UCCGUUCAAAUGCAAAAGAAACGCAAAAAAAAAAAAAUGUCUGAAGCUCUUCAACUCCCCAUUGUUGACUUGUCCUCACCAGAUUGCAUCUCAACUGCCAACUCUAUCCGUCAGGCUUGCAUGGACCAUGGUUUCUUUUACCUUGUGAAUCAUGGGGUGGAGGAAGAAUUGCUUAAGGAAGUUUUUGAGCAGAGUAGCAAGUUUUUUUCACUCCCAGUUGAAGAGAAGAUGAAAUUGGCUGAGAAUAAUCGCAGAGGUUACACAGCACUCUAUGCUGGAAAACUCGAUACGUCUUUAAAUACCAAAGGUGACAGUAAAGAAAGUUUCUGUUUUGGUCCCUUAGCUGAUCACCUCAAUCGGUGGCCUUUGGAAGAAAAUCUGCCAUCUUGGAGAAGCAUAAUGGAGACUUACCAUAAGAAAGUGUUGUGUGCUGGGACU